AUGGCACUGACUCAAAUUCCUAAUGAUAUUUCAGCUAUACCCAAGUUUAAAGUCGUUGUUGUUGGUGAUGGUGGUGUCGGAAAAUCAGCACUAACUAUACAAUAUUUUCAGCAUAUGUUUUUGGAGGACCAUAACCCCACAAUUGAGGAUUCUUAUAUACAAAAUGUAGAAGUGGACGGAGAAUGGUGUGUUCUUGAUGUGCUGGACACUGCGGGUCAGGACGAAUUUAGCGCAAUGCGAGAGCAAUACAUGCGAAAGGGUCAUGGAUUCAUCAUUGUCUACUCAGUGACUGAUCCACAGAGCUUUCGGCAAGUGCGGCGUUUUCACACGCAAAUUCUGCGAGCUCGCGACCGAGAUUCCUAUCCGAUGAUUCUUGCGGCCAAUAAAAUCGAUCUCGUACAACAACGCCUCGUCACAGAGGAGGAAGGUCGCAGUUUAGCUCAGGAACUUGGGGUUCAAUAUGUUGAAACCAGUGCAAAAAAUCCUCCUGUCAACGUGGAUCUGAUAUUCCAUGACCUGAUACGGAUCAUUCGGUAA